AUGCUUACUCGCUGCUCCCCUUUUCGAUAUUCCGCCAUCAACCGCGUGCGCAAGGCCUGCACCGUCUUUGCGCCAUCCGCGCGGAGAGCCGCAUUCCGUAUGCCGUUUGCCACGUGUGCAGCGGGGCCGGCAUUGGCCCCGCUGUCGCUACCCGCGCGGACAGCCGCAUCUGCCACAGCCGCCCGCUGCGGCGCGUUCGCCUCCCCAUACUACCCACCGUCGGCGCUCGCGUGUAGCCUUCCGCGCGCCGACCCCACCGCGGCCGCGCCGCCCCCGAACGCGUCGAGGGCCGCGGCGAGGGCGCAGCGGCUCCCUGGGGGGAGAAUUCGCGCACUGGCGGUGUCGGUGGCGGAGGGGCAGACGGCGGAGGGGUCUGCGAGUGAGGAAGAGUUUGAGGCGGUGAUCGGCAUCGAGACGCACGUGCAGCUGAGCACUGACACCAAGGCCUUCUGCAGCUGCCCGUCGCGCUAUGGCGCGCCGCCCAACGAGCACGUCUGCGCCACGUGCAUGGGGCUGCCGGGCGCGCUGCCUGUGCUCAACGGCGCCGUGGUGGCGGCGGCGGUGCGCCUGGGGCUGGCGCUGCAGUGCCGCGUGGCAGAGAGGAGCAAGUUCGACCGCAAGCAGUACUUCUACCCCGACCUGCCCAAGGGCUACCAGAUAUCGCAGUUCGACGAGCCGCUGGCGAGCGGCGGGCACGUGGUGGUGGACAUGCCCGUGGAGGCGGGCGGCGGGAGAAAACGCUUCGGGGUGACACGCGCACACCUGGAGGAAGAUGCGGGGAAGUCGCUGCACGGGGGCGAUGGCAGCCAGGUGGAUCUGAACCGAGCGGGGGUGGCACUGGUGGAGGUGGUAUCUGAGCCCGACAUGCGCACCGGCGCUGAGGCAGCUGAGUACGCCGCGGAGCUGCAGAGAAUGGUGCGGUACGUGGGCGUGGGCAACGGCAACAUGGCGGAGGGCUCCAUGCGCUGCGAUGUCAACGUCUCCGUGCGACCCAGGGGGCAAGAGAGCUUCGGCACCAAGGUGGAGGUGAAGAACAUGAACUCGUUCCGCGACAUGCAGCGCGCCAUCGACUUCGAGAUCCGCCGCCAGUCAAGCCUGCUGAGAGACGGCAGGGCGCAUGAGAUCGUGCAGGAGACCCGCCUCUGGGACGAGGCCACCCAGCAAACGGCGCCCAUGCGGUCCAAGGAAGGCCUGGCGGACUACCGCUACUUCCCCGAGCCCGACCUGCCCGCACUGGCCCUCUCACAGCCCUUCCUAGAGCAGCUGCGCGCCGACCUGCCCGAGCUGCCCGAGCAGAGGCGGCGGCGCUACGAGGCGCUGGGGCUGCCCAUGCAGGACGUGCUCGUGCUGGCAGACGACAAGGAGUUCUCGGACUACUUUGACGGUGUGCUGGCGGCGGGGGCGGACGCCAAGGCGGCGGCGAACUGGCUGAUGGGGGACUUGACGGCGCUGCUCAAAGCGGAGCGCAGGAGCGUGGCGGGCAUGGCGGCGGUGAUGCCGCCCAGCAGCCUGGCGGAGCUCAUCGCACUCAUCCAGGAGGGCACCAUCAGCGGCAAGAUCGGCAAGGAGCUGCUGCUGGUGCUCUUCAUGGAGGGGGGCAGUGCGCGCAAGCUGGUGGAGGCCAAGGGGCUGCUGCAGAUAUCGGACGAGGCGGUCAUCGAGCGGCUGGUGGACGAGGUGCUGGCAGGCAACGCGAAGCAGCUGGAGCAGUACCGCGCGGGCAAGACCAAGCUGCAGGGCUUCUUCACGGGGCAGGUGAUGAAGGCAUCGGGAGGGCGAGUCAACCCGGGCCUCAUGAACAAGAUCCUCAUGAAGAAGCUCAAUGCACCGCCGUGACAUGUGCAAGGGAGAAAUGGCUAUAUUCAAUAGAUGCACGACGGGGCAACAGGCGGAUGGCUCUGGCAGAUCAAUGGCCGUGAAUCAGGCCCCUAGAUUGCGGGAAAUUUUCCUGAUUCAGGAAAAAAAAAGGGUUGUUGCUGGUACUAGCCCUGAUUGCGCAGGAUUUUGUAAAAGGCAUCUCCUGAUUUUUCAGCCUUUUUUUAGUGGUCAACUCUGAUUCCUCCACAAGGUUUUCUUAGCGAACCCUGAAAUUUCAGCUUUGUAAUAAACUGUACCUGUUUCCGCCAAUUC